UUGAAAUUCAGUGGUUCGUGUCGGUUUUAAGGUCAACUUCCGGGUUAAGCGUGUAUGUGGUGGCGUUGUUACAAAAGUCCUACUUGUGUAUUUGUUUGUUAAAAUAAACGACUUACAACCACCAUUACUUAACAGAAAUGGAUAUACUAAAGGCUGAGAUCGCAAGGAAAAGAAAACUCAUCGAAGACAAAAGCCUCGUUGACGACAACAAGAAAUUCUUCAAAAGGUCUGAUCUUGCACGCAAGGAACAAGAAGAUUACUUCAUAAGAUGUGGAUAUAAGUUUCAAAGAGAGACUCCUGAGAGCCAGAUUGAUAACAAAGAAGAAGAUGAGCCAUCCACCUCAGCAAAUCCAGUGUUAGAACUGGAACUAACAGAAGAGAAACUGCCAAUGACACUGUCAAGACAGGAAGUAAUUCGACGACUUAGAGAGCGAGGGGAACCCGUCCGAAUGUUUGCAGAGUCUGAUUACGAUGCCUUCCAGAGACUCAGGAAGAUUGAGAUUCUGACUCCUGAAGUUAACAAGGGCUUGAGGAAUGACCUGAAAGCAGCUAUGGACAAAAUUGACGCGCAGUACCUGAAUGAGAUUGUUGGAGGAACCGAGCCAGGAGAAGUUGACACGCAGCAUGACCUGAAAGUGCAUGAAGAAAACACCACUAUAGAAGAAUUGGAGGCUCUUGGUAAAACUCUUGGCACAGGAGAUGAUAACGGAGACCAGGAUGUUAUCGACAAGUUCUUGAGGUUUCUUCUUGGUGUUUGGGCCAAAGACCUGAACAGCCGGGAGGACCAUGUGAAGAGAAGUGUUCAGGGAAAGCUGGCCAGUGCAACUCACUCACAGACCGAGUCUUACCUCAAACCUCUUUUCAGGAAGCUCAGGAAAAAGAAUUUACCAGCUGACAUCAAAGAGUCAAUCACAGACAUCAUCAAGUUCAUGUUGGAGAGAGAAUAUGUCAAGGCGAAUGAUGCCUACCUGCAGAUGGCCAUAGGGAAUGCUCCCUGGCCCAUUGGUGUGACCAUGGUGGGUAUCCACGCUCGUACUGGGCGAGAGAAGAUCUUCUCCAAGCAUGUGGCCCACGUCCUCAACGAUGAGACGCAGAGAAAAUAUAUCCAGGGGCUGAAGAGGCUAAUGACCAUCUGCCAGAAACACUUCACAACUGUUCCUUCAAAGUGUGUGGAGUACAACGCUCUUUAACUUGUCACUUAAUGCAGGCCAAGUCUGUCCGGUCAGUUAUAUCACAAUACAAAAUGGGAAUUGUUCACAGCAAUUAUGGGUUUAGGUAUGUCUAAACUGUGGUUGUGGCAACAAUCGAAAUCUUUGACAUUAAGGGCCAUAGAGUAAAGCUAACUUCUAGAUGAAAAUAUCCUAGAUUUAUGUGGAGAAAACUCAAUAACCGUUGAGUCUGAUUAGACCUGUCCUUGUGAACUUCUGGGAAAACUGGGAGAACCUUUCUUUUCAUGGAUGCUUUGAGUCAAUCCCACUGAUGCAGGAAAUGUAAAAAGGAUCAAUUGUAUUUACAAAUCUUAUUCUGUUAAUAUUGGUUUUUCAAAGAUUUCAUUUCAUGAUAAAGUGUCAUUAGCCAAGAAGAUCCAGUGUAUGUAAGUUUUAUUACGCCUGUGAUUCUGAACUCUUUUUUUGACAAACUUAAAUUAAUGCAGAUUCACUGUGUGCAUGCUUGAGUUUUCAGCUAAUUAUAAAUCCAAUUCAGUCUCUGUACUAUCUUAGUAAUAAUAAAGUGUUGAUUUGCUAUACCA